CGGCAUGGUGAGUCCUUUUGCAAGCUUCCAGGCCGCCAUAGCCGAAGCAGAGCUCCGUAAUUCUCAUACUUCGUGUGUUGCUUUCCGAUGGCUCCCCCGUCGAAAGUCGCCAAGGCCCCUGCAGCCUCGCAGGCGGCGAAGGCAACGAAGGCUGCCAAGGCCCUGAAGACCACCACCAAGCCGGUGAAGAAGCUCUGGAGGAAGGUGCGCACUUCGGUGACGUUCCAUCGCCCCAAGACCCUCAAGCGUGCCCGCGCCCCCAAGUAUCCUCGUCUUAGCGCUCCCGCCCGCAACAAGCUCGAUCACUACGAGGUGCUCAAGUACCCGCUCACCACCGAGUCUGCCAUGAAGAAGAUCGAGGACAACAACACCUUGGUCUUCAUUGUGGACGUGCGCGCUGACAAGAAGAAGAUCAAGGAGGCUGUCAAGAAAAUGUACGACAUUCAAACCAAGAAGGUCAACACAUUGAUCAGGCCUGAUGGAGCCAAGAAGGCGUACGUGCGACUCACGGCAGACUAUGACGCGCUGGACGUGGCCAACAAGAUCGGUAUCAUCUAGAUUGAAGUUUCUGUUCAAUUUUGUAAUCUUCUCAUUAUUGAGGCUUGGCCUGAUUUCUGGCGCAUUACAUGUUUCUGUGCUGUGCAAAGCCCUGAA